AUGCAGCAGCCGCAGCAGCAGCCGGCGGUUCAGGCAGCGGCGGACAGCGGCGACCCUGCAGAGCAGUACUCAAAGCGACGUCGGACAGCGCUGUGGUGCACUGUGGUUCUGCUCAUGCUGUCCAUCGUCGUGCUGGUGAUUGGGCUCCUCUCUGCCACCCGCACUGGCAACGUAGCAGUGGCUGGGUACUACCCUGGCAUUAUACUGAGCUUCGGAACAUUUCUGGGCAUUGUCGGGCUGAACGUGGUGGAGAAUCGCAGACCUAUGUUGGUGGCCUCCAUCAUUUUCGUCAGCCUGGGUGUAAUCUCUUGUUUCUUCUGCGCCAUCGUGGACGGCAUCAUUGCUGCUGAGUUUAUUGACAGGAGACCUCUAAUGGAGGGGAGGUGCGAGUUUUACGCCAGUGGCUCAGGCUACGCGUACGACAACUACUACACUGAGGUUACGUGUCAGUCCUAUAAUGAGCAGUGUAAACUGAAGGUGAAGAGCAACACCUGCUACUGCUGUGAUUUACAUAGUUGUGAGAGCCCAGACUACCACGCCCAUUACUUUAAGUUUACUGGUGUGAGUAGUUGCUGGGACGUGGUGCACCUGCACAGGCUGCUGUGGUCGAAUGUUGUGCUCAACGUGCUGGGAGUCUUCCUGGGCAUCAUCACUGCUGCCAUACUAGGAGCUUUCAAGGACAUGGCUCCAGUGGUUCAGACUCAGAUGGCUCCCAGUCCUGCUCCACCACCUCACAUCCUCUAUAACCCCACCCAGCACAUGCUCACCUAUGCAAGCUUCUGCCCCUCUGGACAGGCCCUACCCGCCUACCCUAACUACCCUAUGCCCAUGCAGCACCUGAACGGUUACGCAGGACCAAGCCCUUCUCAGCCCAGCCCUGAGGUGGCUGUGUCCCCAUCAGAUGAGAGCCAGCCUCAAGCCCAGUCCAGCACCAACCCCUCAGUUCCAUCCCAGUCCACUUCACAAGACUCCUCUGGCUACAUGCUCACUCCUAAUGCACCCUCUCUCUAUGGGCACUCGUUAGGGUCCUUUGAGAAGCCUCCACCUUAUGCCUGUUGAAGGACUACUUUAUUCCUUGGAAACGGAUGGCACAAAACAUUCCAGUUCUAACGUUUUGGCAGAAUGUUAGAAAAGGAUUAAUAGUUUAUCAUUAAGGGGUCUAAUCUAAGCGUUUUAGCCUUUAAUUAAUGUAAUUAUGUACAAGAGAAAAUUCUGUAAGUACUUUGACAGUGAUGCUGUUUUUGUCGUUUCAGCUCCGCAUUCCAGCGUUUUGAUUAAAAAGGAAACAAGGAUUAUAUAAAUAGAUAACUAAAUAGGACAAGGUUAAAAUACAGCAGGUAAUGUUUAAUAUGAGGAUUCUGGCCUGAAACUUGCAUGUAAUCUUAUCUUUUUUGCCCUCUAACGUAGCAUUUUGUCGGGGCAUUUUGAGGGGGGCCAUAGGAGCAAAUAAUCUUAAAUUGCCAUAUGUAGUACAGGGUUGCAAAUCUUUUGCACUUAA